GAAGAAGAAGAAGAAGAAGAAGAAGAAGAAGAAAAAGAAAAAGAAGCUGCCACCUGCUGGUGUAGAAACGUUCUGCGCUGUUUUCCCGGCCAUUUCCCAGAGCCUCCCCUGUUUUCCAUAACAACCGAGGACGCUUCCUCCUGAUUGGCUGUUUCUACAUCCUGUGUUUUCAGGCCUCGCUAGCAGAUGCUAUUUUAAACAUACUUCCUUCGUAAGCAGUGGAUUAACAAGCACCUAUAAGAAAACAAGUAAGUCAAUAAUGGCAUACUUGUCAUUCGGCGGUUGUUUCAGAGAAGGAAUUCAAUACACCGAUACAAAAAGCCGUUAGCUGUGAUAAAUGGGUUUUGCUACUGUACAGCUUAGUUGUGAGUGAGCAUUAACCAUGGUAUUGACAGCAGCAGCCUUCAAUAACAGACGGCUCGCCGGCGGACAGCUCUUCAGAACAGGCAGCAUUCACCGGGGAUGGACGUCUGGACGCCAUUUCUAAUGUUCAUUUAGCUGCACUGUGUGGAUGGAGCACAGCAACCCAGAGUUACUGAGAGACCCUGGAGAGGCAGGGCUGACAGACCAGGAGCAUUCUGAGGCAUCCUGCCUAGAAAAGGAGCAGACAAGAUGCAGUCCCUGCAUGGUGACCGAGGAUGGAAUCACUAAUGGUUCCUGGUCUCAGAGGUCCCUGAGCCGCUCCCUGCAGCGAGCCGAGACCCUGCUCAGAACCUUUAACCCCGGCCUCAAGUGGCUGUUCCAGGGCCGCCAGGAUGAGGAGGACAUGGAGAGACAUUUUGUGGUCGCUCACAAUCUGGUGUCCCGGUCCUCUGCUCGCCUCCUGCGUCUGCACCAAGCUGUGGUGACUGUGGCCCCCCAGUGGCAGUCGGUGGGCAGGGAGCAGACAGGGUCUCACCGGAACUGGCUGGAAAGCGGGCCUAAGCGCAUGGCCUGUGUCACCAGUCUUCACUACCUGCUUCUCUCCAUUGACGGCUGCUCCAUCUCCCCGUCCACUGAAGUCCGCAACCUGGGAGUCAUCCUGGACACCACCCUCUCUUUCCAGGCGCACAUCAAAUCUGUCACCAAAUCCGCCUUCUACCACCUAAAAAACAUUGCCAGAAUCCAGCCUUCACUCUCUGACUCUGUGGCAGAAACUCUUGUACACGCCUUCAUUACAUCCCAUCUUGACUAUUGCAAUGGAGUCCUGUCCGGGGUUCCCAGCAAAACCCUGGAUAGGCUCCAAUACGUCCUACACCAAGCCAUGGCACCAUAUCACCCGUAG